ACUUCUCCUGGUGACGUUCACUCCACUCCUCCAUCUGUGUCCCGCUCAUGUGAAGUGCUCGUGGGAGACUCGCACACAUACGGACUCCUAACACCAUGGCAGCUUUUGCCUUCACUCAUGCCACCAGCGAUGUUACGGGCACCGCCACGGCAGCCGGGCCUCUGAAGAGCCGGCAGGAGAGAGAAGAGGAGACCUGCAUACGUGAGAGUGACUGGAGCCAGGGUGAGGAUGGGAACGGGGGACACGAAACCAUCCUUGACAAAACUCACGAGAUCUUCCAGAUCUGUGACAUCGAAGAGAAGGGCUUCGUCACCCGCCGGGACAUGCAGAGGCUUAAAAGAGAGCUCCCUCUGAGUGCAGAUGAGUUGGAGAACGUAUUUGAUACCCUCGACGCUGAUGGCAAUGGGUACCUUACGCUGGACGAGUUCUCCUCUGGCUUCAGUGAGUUUUUGUCUGGCCGUAAGAUUUCCGUGGAGGAGGGCACGGGUGAGACGAGCCCCCGUGGGAGCCCGCCAGAGGCCCUGUACCAGAGCCAGUGGGACGAGAAGCUGACAGCCGGCGAGGACGAAGAGGAACAGCAUUUCUGCAUGCUUCUGGAAAGCCUGGGAGCCAGCAACGUCUUAGAAGAUCCUGGUGAGGUGCGGAGCUUGUGGGCCCGGCUGCGGCACGACGAACCCCAGCUGCUAUCGAACUUUGAAGAGUUCCUGGCCAGGGUGACUUCCCAGAUCAAAGAGGCCAACCAGGAGAAGAGGGACAUGGAGAGCGCCCUCAAAAGGAAAGUAGCAACACAUGAUGAUGAGAUCCAGUACUUAUAUGAGGAGAUGGAGCAGCAAAUAAAAAAUGAAAAAGACCGGAUUUUGCUUCAGGAUUAUGAGCGCUUCCUGUCACACAGCCAAGACCUGGACCUACAGCUGUCCGGCAAGGAGAAAGAGCUGGACCAGCUCCUCCACAAACAGAGAAGGUUGGAGAGUCAGUGUCAGGAGCUGCACAGUGAGCGACAUGUGACCAAAGUGGAGAAUGUGAAGCUUAAGCAGACAAACGAUGAGCUAGCUUUGGAGCUGGAACAAACCAGCCAGCAGCUGAUGCUAGCAGAGGAGCAGCUGAGUCUGCUGCAGGAGCAGUCGUCACGCCUCCAUGAGGAGAAGGAGCUGGAAUUAUACAGAGCGACUGAGGGACUGCAGAGGGAACGGGCGAGCCUGCUGAAACAGCUAGACAUGCUGAGGGAAAUGAAUAAACAUCUGCGAGAUGAAAGGGACAUAUGCUAUCAGAAACCGGCAAAUUCUAAGAAUGCACCAGCUUGGAACCAGAGACCGCUGUUAAAUACUGUGAAACAUACAGAUAGAGCUGUCUUUAAAAGUGUGGAUGAGGAACUGACCCCGAACUGUAAUACUAAAAGCCUAUUGAACCGAUCACAUCGGUUACCAAGCCUGGAAGAGGAGACAAUAGGCAACCACCCGCCACCUGACAGAAAGCACCUCCCAAGGAUAAUCUCCAUUGAGGAGGACCACUUGCCCCAGUUGCUCCAGGGUGACAGCCAGGCCCAGUCCCCAGUCCAGGAGUGGAGUGAAGCAGAGGAGGCCACAGAAGAGGAGGAGCACAUGGACCUAGCGAUGAGCAAUAUCUUCCCACCUAUGUCAUCUGUACAGCCUCAGCAGCACGGGGACGGCAGGAGAGGAGGAGACAUCCCGCCCUCCCCCAGGGGUCAGCCCGUUGGCAAGGAGACCAGCCUAAACGAGGAAAGUACCGGCCAGCCGCCUGAUCGGCUCUUCAAGAUCGUACUGGUGGGGAACUCUAGUGUAGGAAAGACCUCUCUUCUCAGGCGAUUCUGUGAUGACUGUUUUUACCCCUGCACAUCUGCAACUGUGGGCAUAGACUACAGUGUGAAGACGAUAACUGUGGACAACAGCCAGGUGGCGCUGCAGAUGUGGGAUACAGCAGGACAAGAGAGGUAUCGCAGCAUAACCAAGCAGUUCUUCCGCAAGGCUGACGGCGUAGUUGUGAUGUACGACAUCACAGCUGAGAGGAGCUUCACUGCUGUGAGGCAGUGGCUGAUGAAUGUAAAAGAAGGGACAGGUGAGGAUAUACCCAUCAUGCUCCUGGGGAACAAAACAGACAGGCAGAAUGAGAGGGAAGUCCAGAUUGGCGUGGGCGUGAAACUAGCCCAGGACUGCCAGCUGAUCUUCUUUGAAUGCAGUGCAUGCUCUGGACACAACGUCAUGGAGUCCAUGAUACAUCUGGCCAGGAUUCUGAAAGAGCAGGAGGACAGAGAAAAGGAGAAGACCGUCCAACUACACAGCCCCUCGGAGAAAAAGAGGUCCUGCUGCUAACACUUCAGAGCACGUACUACUCGCCUCACUCACUACUAGUGUCCUGCUGUGCUAGCACCACACACACAAUGUGACGUGCUUGUGGUGCUAGCAUGGUGGCUUGUGGUGCUUGCAUGGUGGCUUGUGGCGCUAGCAUGGUGGCAUGUGCUAGCGAGAGCUGAAGGAACUGUACAACACAGCACUCUCACCCAGUUUUGAUUCUGUCAGCCAUCUUUUCCCAAAUAAUACUAGAUGUUUUUUUCACUUGUUUAUCACUACUAGGUCUCGGGAUCACAUGUAAUCGAUGUUUUUGUACUUUCGUGAUCAAUAUAGAUGUGUCCAAAUGACUACUAUGGACUUUAAAUGAAACAGAAAUUUUGAGGUAAAAACGAAAUACUUUUUUUUUUUUUAUCUUUGAAAUUGAAUAUGAGU